GUUUUAAGGGAUCAAUUGAGUAGUAUGCAAAGAAAAAUGGAUGAUGGAGAUAUAGAAGUAUCAUAUAAUCUCACACGCAAUUCGACAUCUCGUUCACGAUCAAAGCUAGAGGAUUCAAUGUUACAUGAGUCCUUAGAAAAUGAAAAUACUUGCAUACAUACUUGCUUAGAUGAUCAUGUUUCUAAGAAACCCGUGAGGGGGGCAUCAGGAAACCGAGUAGCUGUUAAGAAGUACAGAGAGAAAAAAAAGGCACAUAAUGCUUACUUAGAGGAAGAAGUUAAAAAACUACGGGUUGUGAAUAGAGGAUUGGUUCGAAAAUUGCAGUUUCAGGCUGCUCUUGAAGCUGAGGCCGUGAGGCUUAGAAGUUUGUUGAUGGAUUUGAAAUCUCAGAUUGGUAAAGAACUUGGUGUGUCUCGGUUUUACAUACAGAGUUGCAAUGACAGCUACGAUUGUUGCAUUGGUGGUGACUGAUCAUUGGUAAGACAUCAUCUCGUAUAUGUAAAAUACAAUUUCUAAUAUUUUAGUACUUUGGUAACACAUGUGUAAAAUAGCUGUGUAAUAUCUUUUUUGUAUUGGUCGUGACUGGCCGACUGGGUGAAGAGUCCCAUCGUGAGCUUCCUACGAGUCAAAGAUCGUGUGUCCAUAUCUUAUCACAGUGUGCAGAAUGAAUGUUAUGCAACCACAUGAUUGAAAGGGCCAUGUGGGUGGCAGCCACUAUAUUGUGAGAAGAUGGUGCAUUGGUUAUUCGAAUGGUAGUCUUAAUGUUGUGUCUACCACGACGGGUUGUGUGCUUAUAUGUUUUUGUUUGACUAUUAUAUAUCAGUGUGACACAUGAUUCAGUGUAAAUUUCAAUAUAUAAUACUGAUGCGACAACCUUUUAGAA